AUGGCUUCUACGUGCAAAACAUGCAGCUCCGCCGUCAAUGGAAUUGACAAAGUCGUCUGUCGUGGUAACUGCCGAUCACUGUUCCAUCGUACAUGCAUUCCCCAAUUGCAACGAUCGAUUUUGGAGGUGAUUGCAACACACAGCAGCAAUCUAUUUUGGCUAUGCGAUGAUUGUGCCAGCAGCUUCAACAAUUGGCUGCAACUACCCGUUACCGCCGCCCCCGCUGCUGAUUCAUUACAGCUGUGUCAAGCAGUCGAAAAAUUAAAUUCUGUCGUCACCGAUCUCUCGUCUCGCAUCGAAAAACACUUCCCGUGCGGACCUGCUGUUCCAGCCCAAAAGAUGUUUUUUUCUCAACGUCUGCCGGGCAAACAACCAACGCCUAAACGUAGUCGAGAAAACAAUGCCAAAUUUCGUGCUACUGCCGCUGCUGUUUGUGGCACCAGAACUAUACAACGCGAAAUCAAAACUGUAGCAGACGAGCGACAGCAAUUUUGGAUCUAUCUGAGCCGUCUCGAUCUAUGCCACACAGUGAAUGAUAUCGCCGCUAUGAUCCAGGAGUGUCUAGGAAUCAAUGAAACGCCUAAGGCAAUUUUGCUAGUGAAAAAAGAUGCGGAUCUCACUAAGCUGAAUUUCGUUUCAUUCAGAGUGGAAAUUCCAAGAGAUCUCAAAAAAGCUGCUUUAAGUGCGUCUACGUGGCCGAUCGGAGUUUUGGUGCGCGAAUUUGAUUUUGAUCAAACACGAGUUGACCGAUUUCGCCAAUAG